UGGGAGGGAAUCCAAUUCCACUUCCUGGUAGAAUUAUCACAGCCUAUAUAGCAAAAUAUUGAUCCAAUUCCAAUGUUCUUUCACCACCAUUUUCUUCACUUAGAACUCUCCAAGACUUACCAAUCACUGUCAAGAACCAAACAACUGCAUGCUUUUAUCAUAAAGACCCUCCUCCUUGACCCAUUUUAUGCAACCAGAAUAGUAAGAUUUUAUGCCAUCAAUAACGACAUUUGCGCUGCGCGCAACCUGUUCGACAAAACGCCCCAACGGAGUGCGUUUCUUUGGAAUUCAAUAAUUCGAGCAUAUGCGCAAGUCCACAACUUUGGUGAAGCAUUAUCUCUCUUUAACACGAUGUUUAAAACUGAAACUAAACCUGAUAGUUUUUCUUAUGCUUGUAUUAUACGAGCGUGCUCUGAGGAUUUCAAUUUAGAUGCACUGAGACUUGUUCAUGGAGGAGUAAUAUUCUCUGGGUUGGGAUUGGAUCCCAUUUGCAGUAGUGCAUUCGUGACGGCUUAUUCGAAACUGGGUCUGGUUGAUGAAGCCAGUUGGGUAUUUCAUGGGAUAGUUGAGCCGGAUUUGGUGAUGUGGAAUUCAAUGAUUUCUGGUUAUGGAUGUUGUGGAUUUUGGGAUAAAGGGCUAGAGCUGUUCAGUAGAAUGAGAAGUGAGGGGAGGCGGCCAGAUGGAUAUACAGUAGUCGGGUUGCUCUCAGGUUUAGCAUAUUCCAGCUUGCUGAGUGUUGGGCAAGGAAUACAUGGAUUUUGUCUGAAAACUUCCUUUGAUUCUAAUGCUCAUGUAGGCAGUGUAUUUGUGAGCAUAUACUCGGGAUGUAAGACUGUAAGUGCAUGAAUUCUGCAUAUAGAGUUUUCUGUAAUUUGUUCCAACCUGAUUUAGUUACAUGGUCUGCUUUAAUAACUGGAUAUUCGCAAUCUGGAGAUUAUGAGAGGGCUCUGUCCUUCUUCAAGAAACUGAACAUGGAAAGUAAGA